CAAGAAGACACGACCCGAGAAGAUAGUGGUGUUGUACUUCUGCCAAACAACGGCAAGAAAGUAGUAACCAUUACGGUCACAUAUAGAUCUCAAGACGAGUCUGAAAUCUUGUUGAGUCCGAUUACUGCUCUGGUAUGCGAGGAAUUAACAAGCACAAGCAUCACAACGCCCACUGUUUCGACUACACAACCACCGGUUUCCUCGACAUCAACUCCACCAUCAACAACAAUUACAACGCCAGAAUAUUGCGAGAUGGGCGAAGAAGAGAGAGUCGUUUCACCACGUAUCGAAAGCAUUACCUCUAACGGCUUACCUCUUGAGAAUUUCGAUGCGUUCAACAUGGACGAAAGACCCAUACCAGUUACAACAGAUGAGAACAACACGGUUGUAGUCAAGAUUGACAUUCAACGGCCACACGCGACAGAAGUGAAUGCGUUGCAAUUUCCCGAACCUAAAUAUAUUGAAUCCGUCACCGUUACCUACACAGAUAACACAACUCUAACUCAGAAGCCGCAAGAAGACACGACCCGAGAAGAUAGUGGUGUUGUACUUCUGCCAAACAACGGCAAGAAAGUAGUAACCAUUACGGUCACAUAUAGAUCUCAAGACGAGUCUGAAAUCUUGUUGAGUCCGAUUACUGCUCUGGUAUGCGAGGAAUUGACAAGCACAAGCAUCACAACGCCCACUGUUUCGACUACACAACCAUCGGUUUCCUCGACAUCAACUCCACCAUCAACAUCAAUUACAACGCCAGAAUAUUGCGAGAUGGGCGAAGAAGAGAGAGUCGUUUCACCACGUAUCGAAAGCAUUACCUCUAACGGCUUACCUCUUGAGAAUUUCGAUGCGUUCAACACGGACGAAAGACCCAUACCAGUUACAACAGAUGAGAACAACACGGUUGUAGUCAAGAUUGACAUUCAACGGCCAGACGCGACAGAAGUGAAUGCGUUGCAAUUGCCCGAACCUAAAUAUAUUGAAUCCGUCACCGUUACCUACACAGAUAACACAACUCUAACUGAGAAGCCGCAAGAAGACACGACCCGAGAAGAUAGUGGUGUUGUACUCCUGCCAAACAACGGCAAGAAAGUAGUAACCAUUACGGUCACAUAUAGAUCUCAAGACGAGUCUGAAAUCUUGUUGAGUCCGAUUACUGCUCUGGUAUGCGAGGAAUUGACAAGAACAAGCAUCACAACGACAACUGUUUCGACUACACAACCAUCGGUUUCCUCUACAUCAACUCCACCAUCAACAUCAAUUACAACGCCAGAAUAUUGCGAGAUGGGCGAAGAAGAGAGAGUCGUUUCACCACGUAUCGAAAGCAUUACCUCUAACGGCUUACCUCUUGAGAAUUUCGAUGCGUUCAACACGGACGAAAGACCCAUACCAGUUACAACAGAUGAGAACAACACGGUUGUAGUCAAGAUUGACAUUCAACGGCCAGACGCGACAGAAGUGAAUGCGUUGCAAUUUCCAGAACCUAAAUAUAUUGAAUCCGUCACCGUUACCUACAAAGAUAACACAACUCUAACUCAGGAGCUCUAA